AUGCUGCGGACCCGCUGUCCCCGCCUGAGCACUCCGCUGUUCCGAGCCGCGCUGGAACUCGGGCGCGGCAGGCUGUCGAGCGUCGGGCGCGGGGGCGCCUGGCUGCGGCCGACGGGCCACGACACCGGCGUGCAGGUGUACAACAGUCUCACCGGCAGGAAGGACCCGCUGGUGGUGGCCCGCGCGGACGCCGUCUCCUGGUACAGCUGCGGACCGACUGUGUACGACCAUGCACACCUGGGCCACGCCUGCUCCUAUGUCAGAUUUGACAUCAUCCGAAGGAUCCUGACGGAGGUGUUUGGAUGCAACGUGGUCAUGGUGAUGGGCAUCACAGAUGUGGACGAUAAGAUCAUCCGACGAGCCAGUGAGAUGAACAUGACACCUGCUGCUCUCGCCAGCAUCUACGAGGAAGAUUUCAAGCAAGACAUGGCUGCCCUGAAGGUGCUGCCACCCACCGUGUACCUGAAGGUGACUGAGAAUAUCCCUCAGAUAAUCACUUUCAUCGAAGGGAUCCUUGCACGUGGGCACGCUUACUCCACAGCCAAAGGCAAUGUCUACUUCGACCUGAGGUCCCGGGGGGGCGAAUAUGGCAAGCUGGUGAGCGUGGUGCCUGGGGCGGCUACAGAGCCAGCGAUCGAUUCAGACAAACGUCACGCCAGUGACUUUGCCCUGUGGAAGGCAGCGAAGCCCCAGGAGGUGUUCUGGGCCUCACCAUGGGGGGAUGGAAGGCCCGGCUGGCACAUCGAGUGCUCUGCCAUGGCCAGCCUGGUGUUUGGAAGUCAGCUGGACAUCCACUCUGGUGGGAUAGACUUGGCUUUUCCACACCACGAGAACGAGAUUGCACAGAGCGAGGUCUUCCAUCAGAGCAGACAGUGGGGAAAUUACUUCCUGCAUUCAGGACAUUUGCAUGUGAAAGGUACAGAAGAAAAAAUGUCCAAAUCUUUAAACAACUACAUCACCAUUAAGGACUUUCUGCAGACAUUCUCCCCCGAUGUCUUCCGGCUAUUCUGUAUGCGCAGUAGCUACCGCUCAGCCAUUGACUACAGCAACGGGUCCAUGCAGGAAGCCAGGCGCCUGCUGCUGGGGCUGGUGUCUUUCGUGGAGGACGCACGCGCCUACCUGAAGGGGCAGCUGGCUUGCGGCCCAAUCAGCGAGGAUGUGCUGUGGGAGAGGCUCACCAGCAGCAAGAGCGCUGUGAAGGCUGCGCUGGCCGAUGACUUCGACACAUCCCGGGCAGUCGACGCCAUCCUGGACCUUGUGCACCAUGGGAACCGGCAGCUCAGGGUGGUCACUAAGGAACCCGGAGGCCCCAGAAGCCCGGUGGUGUUUGGCGCCAUCGUCUCUUUCGUUGAGCAAUUUUUUGAGAUGGCUGGGAUCUCUCUGGGCCAGCGACAGUGUGUUUCAGGGGACAGCAGCAUGGCCACACUGCACAGCACGGUGGACGAGCUGGUGCGCUUCCGGCUGAAGGUCAGGCAGUUUGCGCUGGCCACACCUGAGGCCACUGGGGAGGCCCGGCAGCAGCGGCUACAGGAGAGACGCCCCCUGCUGGAUGCAUGCGACUCUCUGCGCCAGAACCUGGCUGCCCAUGGCAUCAACAUUAAGGACAGGGGCAGUGCAGCCACCACAUGGGAAUUGCUGGACCCCAGGAUCAAACACCAGAAACCAGGGAGCUGAGCCAAGCCCCACCCUCUCACUCUAUAGCUUUUUCUUGAGAUGAAAACUUUAUAUUAAAGUUUCCACUUGUGGCUAUUCAGCCAUCCUUACA